UAUAAACUAUCAAAAAUUGAAAAACAAAAAAAGAAGAAAUGGAUAGGAGUUGACGUCCAACUGUUACAUCAACAUCUCCAGACAUUGAAAUUCGUUCCUCGCCCAUAACUCCCCUAUUGUUUAAAUUUCUAUUACUCCCUCUCUCCACUCCUCCUGCACACUGCAUACAUCCAUGGCUGCCAAAUCAGAGUUUGAUCCUCAACUCAUCAUCUCUCACAAAUUCCCCGAGUCGACGUAUAGCUAUACUGAAAGGGAUGCUGCACUAUAUGCGCUAGGUAUUGGAGCUUGUUCCAAAGAUGCCUUGGAUAAUAAGGAGCUGAAGUAUGUUUAUCAUCCAGAUGGACAACAAUCAGUCGAGGUCUUGCCUACAUUUGCUGCUUUAUUUUCUAUGGGACUUCAGUCCGAGAUAGCAAAGAUACCGGGUUUAGACUUUGAUCCACGCCUUCUAUUGCAUGGACAACAGUAUAUCGAGAUGUACAAACCCCUUCCUUCUCAUGGUUGUCUACUAAAUAAAGCAACUGUUGCUGGGUUGCAUGAUAAAGGUAAGGCAGCAGUUCUCGAGAUUGAAAUUUUAAGUUAUGAAAAGGAGUCAGGUGUACUGCUGUGCAUGAACCGAAUGGCUGUUUAUUUGAGGGGCGCUGGUGGCUUCUCGAAAUCAUCCCAGCCUUACUCCUUUACCAAGUAUUCUUCAAAUCAGACUUUGGCUUAUAAAAUUCCCCGAAGUCAACCAUUUGCUGUAUUUGAAGAUUGUACACAAUCAUCACAGGCACUGCUUUACAGGCUUUCUGGCGAUUACAAUCCAUUGCACUCAGAUCCUAUGGUUGCAGAAAUUGCUGGCUUUUCUCGUCCAAUAUUGCAUGGACUUUGCACACUUGGCUUUGCAGUCAGAGCUAUCAUCAAAAGUAUUUGUCGUGGAGAACAAAAGAUGAUCAAGAACAUAUCUGGGAGAUUUCUAUUGCAUGUCUAUCCGGGUGAAACCUUAAUAACAGAAAUGUGGAUUGAAGAUUUGAGGGUAGUGUAUCAGGUGAAGGUCAAAGAACGAAACAGGGCUGUGCUUUCCGGUGUUGUUACUCUUGAUCGCUUGAGCUCAUCUCUGUGAUAUUAAAUCCUGCAAAAUAGCCUUGCUUGUGGAUUAUGGGCUUCUACCUAAUACAUGAUGAGAUAAAAGUUAAACAUUCUAUCUGUAUACGAACUCUCACUUGUUCUUUUAACAAGUAGAGCUGAUACAUUGGUAAUGGCUCCUUUCAUGUAUUGUAAAAUUAUUGAUUUGUUUCGUUUAAUAUUAUUUUCAUUUCUCUUGUGUUAA